GGACACACAAUACCUAGUAGCACCUAAUUUGAUAUUAUAUUUGUUACUAAGCAAUUGAAUAUCUGUGCAGAUCAUGUAAAAAUCAUUGAGUAAAACUAUCGUUUUUUUGAUGAAUAUGGAAAACAUAUUAGAUACCCUUAUCUGGAAUUCAAUUCUAAUUUUACUGAUCGAAGUCAAAUCAUUUACUUACUCCUACUACUGAAAGGUUCUAUUCAAUAGACAAUCUUCCCCCCCCACAAAAAAAGUUUUUUUUUCUCUUUUCCAUGGUUUGAUUCAUUUUAAAAAAAAUCACAAUUAUGUCGAAACAAUCGAAUUAUGAUUCGGAUUCUAUGCAUAAAUCAUCACCAUUAAAUUUAUUACAUAAAAAGAAAUGGAAUGUAUUACGUACAGGUGUAUUAUGGGCACAACGUUUCAAAUCCGUCAAGAAUGCAAAAUCAUCUGAGAUGACAUAUACUCCAUUAAAUAAUAAAAGUUAUAAUUGUAGUUUCCCUAGUCAAAAUUAUAUUAUGGAUAAUACUACUACUAUUAAUAAUAAUACUACUAAUACUACUAUGAAUGUAACUACAUAUCAUUAUACACCACAACGUACAUUGUCAAGUAUAACUAAAUUGAAUGAUAAAGAUUAUGAUUAUAUUGAUAAAUUACAAAAGCGUAAUACUGUGAUUAAACAUUAUUCAUCUGCUAAACGUUUAGCAAAAACAUUCUCAUCAUCCAUAAAUGUGAAUACAGUAACUUCAAAAUCAAGUGAUUUUGAAUCUUCCAAUGAUUUAUCAAAGAGUCCACUAUUAUUUUCAUCAAGAUUUCAAUCAUCAAUGUAUGAAAGUAAUAAAGAUUUUAAAGAAGUACGUUUUAUAUGUGAAGAUUCUAGUAGACGGAACUCAGUAAUUACUAAUGAAAUUAUUAAUAAUACUGAUACUACUAAUAAUAAACAAGUAGUUAACACAAUUACACAUAAAACCAAUUACAAUGAGAUUAACAACACUAUCAAUAGAAAAGAAUCAGUUCAUAACUACUCGUCUGAGAAUAAUAUGAAAAUAUUAGUAAUAAAUGGAUUUUGGCCAGGUAAUCCAUAUUCACCUCUACCAUCACCGGAUAUAUCUAUCUUGGACUCUGAUUUAAAUGAGAGUCAUUUCAUUCUUGACACAGAACCAACCAAUGAUGAUAAGAAUUUACAAAGACAUGAAAGUUGGCAAAGUUUAGAAUUGGAUACAGUACCUUCAUCAUCAGGAACAGGAGAUGUAGAAUCAUUGUCGAAUAAAACAGUCAUAACUACAACUCUAACAGCAACAACAACAACAACGACAACAGCAACAUCAACCAUGACAAAUGAAAACAAUACAGAAAUAAUAAUUAGUAAACAAGACGGACAAGAUAAUGAACAAAUAGAUUUGGCAAGUAGACGUGGUCGAAGAUCAGCUAUAAUUGACAAAAAAAAUUUAAUCGGUGAAACAGAAGUUGAAAAUCAAGAAACUACAACCAUUUCACAAAAUGUUAAUAAAAAUUUAAUUGAAACUGGACAAGAGCGUCCACCACUUACAUCAUCAGUGAAUUCAUUUCGUGAACGACAAAAAAGAAUCUUACGAAAACAGAAUACUAUAGCUGAUUUAAGUUGUCGAAAUCAAAUGGCUAAUACAAAUCAGGAUUAUGAGUUGAAAAGAAGAGGUAAUGUUUUCAUGAAACUAAUUGAACGAGGUACACGUUCUAAGGAUUUAAAUGAGGCAUUACAAUCACUUAAAUCAUCAUAUUUUCAUGAUCAAUAUCUAGAAUCAUUUAGAGAUUCACAUUGGUCUCAAUUAGAUAAAAGUGGUAAUUCAGAAAAUAUUAUGACAGAUCGUGAAGUACGUCGUUGUGAAGCAGUUUGGGAAUUAUUCAAAAGUGAACUAACAUUUUUUACUGAUCAUCUUAUGGUGCUUAAAAAUUGCUUUAUGGAACCAUUGAAAAAGCUUCAAGUCGAUGGAUAUCUUAUGUUUGUUGAACCAAUGCAUUUAUUUGGAAAUUUGGAUGAUUUGUGUUAUGUUAGUCAUACAUUUUGUCGCGAACUUAUAAGUAAUUUAAGUCAAGAAUCAGUAUCAAAUGAAUUUGGUAGUACUGAUGUUUUACUUCGUCCACUGAAAAGGUGGUCUGAACAUUCAAAGGAUGGAGAAAUUUACCAUAAUUAUUGUUUAAAUUAUGAUUCAGCAUUAAAUUAUUUAGAUAGUUUAAGAAAACUUGAACAUUUCAAUGAAUUUGAAAAGUGGUGUGAACAAGAUACUCGUUGUCGACGAUUACAAUUAACAGAUUUAUUAGUAGCACCAAUGCAACAUUAUAUGAAAAUACCAUUACUAUUAAGUAGUAUCCGACGUUAUACAGCAUGUAGUGCUGAACAAGAAAUGUUAACAGCAUGUUUAACUAAAGUGGAAAACUCUUUAAAAUCACUAGAAGAUAAAAUGCGUUGGUUGAAAAAUUUUGAACGACUUCAAGAAAUUCAAUCUCAACUCAUAUGGCCAUCAGUUUCAGAAUUAGAACCAAGAGUAUUUAUUCCUGAAUUUUUACGUCAAAGUUUAAUACGUCAACCAUGUGAACGAUUGAUUGCAAAUCCUAAACGACAAUUAUUACAUGAAGGUUUUCUAACAUUAAAUGAUGGAACUAAAACUAUUGAAAUAUUUGCUUUUUUAUUUGAUGAUUUUCUCUUGGUUACACGAAUUAAAAAACCACCAAAAAAGAAAUCAUUUUCAGAGAAUCCUUUAACUGGUCGUAGUAUAACAGAAGGUGGAGUAUUUGUUGUUUAUAGACAAGUGAUAGCCCUUGAUCGUUUUACAAUCCAUGAUUUAGGAAUUGUCGAAGCAACCGCUAAUGGAUUACGAAAUGCUAUUGUACUUGUGCUGAUAACACGAUUUCAACAGAUUACAGGUGUGUAUACACUACAAGCAGCAAAUGAAUUAGAUAAAGUAAGUAAAAUGAAUUAUAGAAGGUAAUAAGCUAUUGUUAAUUCAUAUAGAAUAUUUUUAUUUAUCUAUAAGAAUAUAUAUUAGAAUGAUUUGUAUUAUUUGUUAACAAGUGAACUUAAGCUCAGUUGCUAACCAGUUGAUAGGUAAUUAAGGUGUUCAGUUUAUUUGUUUAUUUUUUGUAGCCUUGUGUUAUCUUACCCGUUUUAGUGAAGUAGCUUCAGGUGAUAAAUUUAAACUGAAGUUGACGUUUUAUGUUAACUGAAAAGCUAUUGAAAAACAUAAAGUGGUAAAUUGCGGUUUCUUUCUCGAAUGAAACUCUUCGGCAUAGACUGUAAAAUGCUAUUAGGUGAAUUUUUCCCAUUAAAUCCUAUAACCCUAUUAAUCUAUUUAAAGACUGGGUAAUAACUGACGGCCUGCUUAUACAUCUGAGCUACCUGUCCCUGCCAUCUAGAUAUUUCAACAACUGAUCUAAUUUUCUUUGUUUUAAAACAUCAUUAUGGCUAUUAACCGCAUAACAUAUUCAGGUGCGUUUCUGAGAAGUGUACAGCCUUUCGCUGUUAAGGUUACAAAAGGCCUAAUUAGAGAUAUCGUGGUUGCUGCAAAAAGAAUUCAAGUUAUUCUGAUUUCGAUUGACUGGGCUGCUAACUUCUAACUGGCGAUCACUCAGUAUUUAUCGUCAGGAUCGAAGAAGAAGUUAAAAACGGAAACCUGUUGAAAUACUUUGUGCUGAGAAUUCAAUAUUGUACUAAAAAUGAAUAAAGCUAAUCAUAAUAAAAUAGAUAAAAAUGUAUUACUGUUAACUUCAGAAUAUGAAAGGAAUAUAUUUUUAAGUAGUAUAGUACUCUAAAAUUCAAAUACAUCAAGGCAACAAGUCUCAGUAGGACGAGACACGCAUCCUGUAUUCUACUGCUAGCCAUAUUUCAUCUAUUUUUAUACUAACUUAUAUUACUAUUGGCUGUAUCCAGGCGAUCUGCAGAGGAUAUGCAUAUGACAACUAUAAUAGAUGGAAAUCCAGACAAAAUAUCAACAACGGAAUAAUUCGAUCCACUUCAAAUUGAAUAUUUUGAAAUAGUUUUCCAAAGAAAUGCAUUUUGAAUAUGUAUAUUUCAUAAACUUAUUGAUCUAGGCAGACAUUCAGAGAAACUAAGUGAACAGAGUGAAACAAAAGGAGAUGAAGUGAUGCUCAAUGGAGAAGACAAGUGAGUCAAGUCAUUUUGAUCGAACGUGACCCGAUCUUGAUAUUCAAACAAAAUUAAAUUACAGACACAUAAUGAAUAGGACAAGCAAUCAACACACAUAUGAUCAUAAAAGAUGUCAUGAUUAGCAAGUGAAUAAUCAAGAAGGUCAAAAUGUUGUUUGGGAAGAAUGAAGAGAUUGAUCUUUCCAGAGCCUAGAAUAACCUCUGUAGGUUCGACAUUAUACAGUCUAUUUGAAUUUAUGUCAUAUAGUAAAACAAUUUCUUCGUUUUUUUUCAACAUUACUCAUUAUUAUCAUUAUUUACUUCUUUUAGCAAAGAUGGAUCGAGAAAUUACGUAAUAGUCAACAAGCAUUUCAAGAAAAAUUAAAACGUAAACUAUACGGUAUUGAUAUGGAUCAACAUACAAAUAAGCAUAGUAAAUUAAUUAAUGCCAAAAAUAAACUACCUAGUCAAACAUCAAUAGCUGAUGAUUAUUUAAGUACUAGUUUAUCAUUAGGUAUAAAAGAUCCAAUUGAUGAAUUAAAUAAAUCAACUGAUUUAUGUAAGGGAAAUAUAACUGAUCAAAAGAAUUCAGAAUUAUCAUUAAAAAAGUUGAUCAAGUCUAAAACACUUCAGACAGAACAACAACAACAACAAGGUGAUGAUGAUAAUCCACAAGAAGAUGAUAACUCAGCGGACACAUCACAAAUAAAUACUGUUGAAAUGAGUUAUGCAACAAUAAAUAAUACUGUUAUCGUGAAUACACCGGAUACAAAUAUGGAUACUAAGAAUUUGGAACCAGGUAAUACCAUAUCUGGUAAUACAGAUUAUUCAUCUGAUGAAUCAAUUCCAAAUAACAAUAAAGAUAAUAAUAGAAUAAGACCAAAUGAUAUCUUAUCAUUGCAUAAUAAAACUCCAGAUUAUAUUAUUCGAAAUAGGCAUAGUCUUGAUCCAAAUUUUGCUACAUUAAACAUAUCGAAUACAAAAUAUUCUGAUUCCAUGGGUAUAACUAAUACAUCUACUGUUACAAUGAAUUCAUCAAAUACACAAAUACAAAUUACACCAGUAACAGAGAAACAAAUUGUAGCACCAAUAUUUUCACCUCCUAGUUUAUUAUUAUUUGAUCGUGUUACACAACAUAAUGAAUUUCCUUUUGAAAUGACAAGACAAGUACAAUUUUCACCACCAUUAUCACCAAUAUUACAUGCUCCAUGUGCAAGUUUACCAUUAGAUAUAACAGCACAAAGUGCAUAUGAUCUACCAGAUCGAAUGUUAUCACAAAUGAAUAUUAGUGAUGAUUCUUCUAAAUUAAAUAAUUUGAUUAAUAAAAGAUCUAUUAAAGGUUAUUCAGCAUCACCUCCAGUGAAUCGUAAAAAUGAUGAAUCAAAUUAAUUAAUAAAUAAUCCUCUCCUCUUGAUAUCUGAUAUAUAAAAGUUGAAACUUUAUCCACAAAAAAAAGAAAAGAAAGAAAAUCAUAUCGAAUGAGAUGAAUAAGAAAAAAGAGAAAAAAAGUAUUUCCAUGGCAACUAUUAAUCUAUAUAUCCUCCAUUUGUAAUGUUGUACAUGAAGAAGAAAAAGUUUGAAAAAAAAUUAAAAAAAAACAAACAAACAUGGAAACUGUCUAUUUUGAAAUUGGUUUCAAUUAUUGAUUUAGUGUACAAAAAUUAUUAUUAUUAUUAUUAUUAU